GUGCGUAGAGAAGUUCAGUCGCUGAAUGUGGUUGCUGUCAUAAUAUAAGAAGUUUUGGUGUUAUAUUCAAAGGAAUAAUUUUGUCUAUCCCAGAGUAGACGUCAUAUGGCAAUAAUGGAGGUUGAGCUGAUACCAGUCGAGGUUCCCAGAGAUGAUGGUCAUCAGGUGUGCUUGACACAGAUUAUAUGGAAUGAUUGUCAAGAAUUCUUAGAGCGUGAAUUGGAGGAAAAUUUUUCACAGUUUGGCCUUGUACACCGAGCAUCUGCUUUCAGGAAGAAAAAUUGUUUUGCAGAAGAGGAAAAUAACAGUAAAUGGUUUGCAUAUGUGGUAUUCUACUCUACUUGGGACUUUGAAAAGGCACUUCAGAGCGAUGGCAAGAUUAAAAUUGGAGAGACAGAAAUCAGAAUAUGGAAAAAAGCAAGAAACAAGCCCCACCAAAAAUUUCUGCUUCCUCUUCACAAAGCCCAAGAGUUGCUCACCCAUUAUUUUGGAUUUAACUGUUGGACAUCAAAAGUUAUAUAUCUGGAAAGAGAAAAAGAAGUUGAAAGACCUGAUGUUAUACGGUAUGUUUGCAUGGUAUCCGUUAAUUUGCCAAGGGAGGAUCUGUGCAGUGAAGGAGUAGGGAUAGGAGAGGUACCCUUAAAUGAAGCAUCCCCAAUAUCAAGGGGAUAUACCUUCUGCUGUGGCCGCAGAUUUGCUUUCCAGUCAGCAAUGAAAGCAGCAUUCUCCAAAUUCAUCAUCAUUAGACUAAAGAAUGGAAAGAUCACAGCAGAAGUUGAUACAACACAGUGUGAUCCAUUGAUAUAUGAUCCAGCUUGGGACAAUCCAGUUGUUAAGGUAAAUGAUGUGAACUAUGACCCUGAUGAUGAAGAAGAAUGUGAAGAUCUUGAGGAUAUGACAGAAGAACAACUGGAGGAACUCCUUAAUGUUCCACUCUGACCUAUUAAAAGUCCAUAAUACUGUACUGUAUCAAGCUUUAUGUCUUGCUCUGAGUAAUUAACCUUAUCAAUGUCUCUUUUUAGUGAUGUAAUCUCAUUGUUGCAUUUUGUGUGGUUUUAUAAUGUUUUUCAGGCAAGAUGCAGAAGGCCCUCAGUUGCUUUCAAUUUUUCUCUACAACUUGUCUUGCACUUUUAGAUGAAUUAAUUUGAAACUUGGUUGGCUUUUUUUUUAUUUUCAUUCAAAGAAGAGUGGUACAAGAAAUCAUUUAGGAAUACUGUAGUUUGAGCACACCACUAAUCAAGUACUGAAUAUGAUACUGUAUCAUCUUAUCAUAAAUUCCAAUGUACAUAAUGAAUUUGAUAAUAAACUGCAUUUCAAUUGAUAA